UCUGCGCAUGCGCGUUGCGAAUUGUGGCGACUUCCUGCCAAAUAGUUGUCCCUAACAACACACAGCACCUCACCGAGGGAAUUUCAGUUCAAGGAAACAUAAAGUUUCCUCGGAAGUAGCACUUGGUGACAUGGGCCUUAGCCAAAGCAGAAGCAGCAGAUACUGACGGCGCAGAUUUACCAGGGCGGAUGGUGAAGACGUCCUCUCCCACAGCCAUGGACGAGUCACAAGAGGUGCCCGAGCUACCUACAAAGAAAGCUCGACAUGAUCCAGAAAUGAGUCAAGAGGGUAAUUCACGAAGUGUGGCUGCUAAUGACAGCAGUGACUCCUCUAACCGGAACGAAUCGACAGCUCAGUUAGAGGUCAAUUCAUAUGCACCAUCAUCUGUCACUCACUUGCACACGAUUCCUGGAGGUCCAGACCGGUCAAUAUCAAGAUCCCAGGGCUGUGACUCAGAAAAUGCAUAUGACCACAAUGCAGUAACGUGCAAAGACCUCACCACAACCACAGCCACUGAAUAUACCUCACAGAUCUACCAAGGAAGCAACACCGCUGUCACUGCAUAUGCCAGUCAAGUGGCUUUCCCUUCCCUGGGCCAGUCGACCGUAUACAGCAGCUUUCCUCAGUCCGGCCAGACGUACGGACUGCCACCAUUUGGCGCCAUGUGGCCGGGCUUAAAGACAGAGUCGCGGCUGCCCGAAGCGCCCUCUGUUGGUCAGACGGGGUUUCUCAGCUUCAGCUCAGCCUAUACCUCAACCCAACCCAACCAGAUCCACUACUCCUACCCCAGCCAAGGUUCCUGUUUCACUACAUCCAGUGUGUACGCCAACAUCCCUCCAGCAACUUCUGUGACCACAACUACUGGCACACAUCAAGAGUUUUCAAGUUACAACUCUCUUGGUCAGAGUCAGUUCUCGCAGUACUAUGUUCCUCCUCCCAGUUACCUGUCGGCUGGGUUGCCCAGCAGUGAUCGAGAUGGAGCAGGUGUAGUGGCACCUGAAUAUCCAGCCAUUAAAACUGAAGGCAGUGCUUCAGCAAACCUGCCCAACACAACAGAUGCAACCCCAGGUGUGACGAUCCCAACAGGUGUGGCUCUGCCUGCUGGGAUGGCCGUCCCCACAGGAGGAGGGGACCAAGACGAGACCAACCGCAAAAACCCUCCUGGCAAAGCUAAAGGCAAAGCUAAAAAAUCUGAUGGUUCCCAAUCCACAGACAAUGACCUUGAGCGUGUCUUCUUGUGGGAUCUGGAUGAAACCAUCAUCAUUUUCCACUCUCUUCUUACCGGCUCAUUUGCACAGAAGUUUGGCAAGGAUCCAGCGACAGUUCUCAAUCUGGGUCUUCAGAUGGAGGAGCUGAUCUUUGAGCUUGCAGACACUCAUCUCUUCUUCAACGAUCUGGAGGAAUGUGAUCAGGUCCAUGUUGAUGAUGUUGUCUCAGAUGACAAUGGGCAGGACUUGAGACCAGGUCUGCUGAGCCCAAUGAAGAGAGACCUACUGCUCAGGCUGUGCUCUGAGAUUGAGACUGUUACAGAUGCCUGGCUGAGCACUGCCCUCAAAUCUCUCUUGCUCAUUCAGUCGAGGGGCAGAUGCAUGAAUGUUCUGGUCACCACCACUCAGCUGGUUCCUGCAUUAGCUAAAGUGCUUCUCUAUGGCCUGGGUGACGUUUUUCCCAUCGAGAAUAUCUACAGCGCCACUAAAAUAGGAAAAGAGAGCUGCUUUGAGCGCAUCAUCUCUCGCUUUGGGAAGAAAGUGACCUAUGUUGUUAUCGGGGACGGUCGUGAUGAAGAGUUUGCAGCAAAGCAGCACAACAUGCCGUUUUGGCGAAUCUCGUCUCACGGAGACCUGAUUUCCCUUCACCAAGCUCUGGAACUGGACUUCUUAUAGAUGGAGCUGGAGGUAAGACGUGGAUCUCUCCAGCUGCACCCAUCAGCAAUCCCACCCACCCCUAACCUGAUCCAGCGCAGCGGUGGAGCAGCUGACGUAGACUCUGGGACGUUAGCGGUCACAGACAAGAACUCAAGACGGUCUGUGACACGACCUCACAAGCCCUCCAUUCCCUCAAUGGCAGCUAUCCUCGCCUUAGGUUGACUCUUGCACUGGGACGCCACACAACCGUACACAAGGAAAAGAGGGAAAAAACUGUCUCCCAUUCUCACUGCAUCUUUCUCUUGGAAAAAGGAUGUACUUUACCAUCUUCAACAUAACUGGUUUCACCAAAAGAAACAACCCAUGACCAAAGGACUGCACUGGCACAGAAACUUAGUUAAGAAACUAAACAUAGUUUAAGUCUUUUUCUGCAUUCUUUCUAAAGGGCUGAAAAGUAAGUUGGAGUCAUUUUGAUUUGCACUCAUUCCAAAGGUCAGGUUCUUAUUAGAUGGCAGGUUACAUGCUUUAGAAGCCUCCAAGAAAUGAUGCGAUUAUUUCAGUUCUUAAGACGGAUCACAGACAUGGCCUGUUUAAUAUGUGUACAGAUGGUACCAACAAGGUUAGCAUAGAUCCCACUUUUCCUGUAUCUAUGGAUUUUCCUAAAUAUUCCUCAGUCCCUGGGAUCUACUUUCGUUUACUCUUCAUACACACUUCAACAUUUCUGCUUUAAAUUAGGCAAUAUGACGAAUUACAGAGUGCCUAAUGGAAACCAUUUGUUUUUGUACAGUUUGUCCCUCUUUUUCUUUAAAAGAAUAAAUCGCCCAAAAAUGAGAAUUCAAAUUAUUUGUUACUUUAGUUCCGAUGUCCACACUGCUCUGUUCCAUACAAUGAAAUUUGAAUGGAAAAGUGGACGUCAAACUCCAAAAAUCACCAUAAGUCAAAUACAUCUAGUGUGUGUUAUCUGAUGGAAGUCAGAAUGAGUACAGACCUAAAUUUAAAUGGUUUACAAACAGUCUUCCCCUUUGUUUAGCUCUAAAGUCUAACUCGGUUAUUAGUGUUUUGAUGAUUUCAGAAAACUGUUGGAUCUCAGCAACCUGUCUCUACUCACGUUUUACUGUAUGGAAAAGAGCAGCAUUUUUGUGUUAAGAAAGUUGAGUUUUAUGGGUUUGAAUCAAC